AUGGGCUUUCCAUUUUCCAAUUUGAGUUCAUCUGAUAAAUUCUUAAUAUAUCAUUUUCUUACAGAAAAUAUAUAUAUAAGCCGUCUUCAACUCUCACAAGAAAAUGCUUUAUUACGGCAACAACUAAGUGAAUACAGUCAUUUAUCUCAGGAGAAUGCUCAAUUACGCAACGAAGUCUUACGAAGUCGAAAUCAAGCAUUACUUCAAAAUAUGGCAAGAACUGAUCAGAAUGUGCAAUUGACUUUAAUAUCCUUUGAAGACCCAAAUUCACAUAAGGCUACAACUGGAAUAGAUGCAACUAACGCAAACCCAUCCCAUCCAAAUGUUGUACUGCACUCAGAUGUCUCUCAAAGUCUUCAAGAAACAGAAGAAGAGACUCUAUUGCGUGCAGAAGUGACCCAAUAUCGUGAACGACAUGCUCAACUAUUCAAGCAAUAUGAAAAACUUAAUGAAGAAAUGAAAAGAAAGAAGAUCAAUUCAUUUGAAGCACUCGCGGAAUACGAUAAGGACGCAAUGAAAGUUUUUAUCGAAUUAGCUCGACUGACUGAACCCAUCCCAUUAGAUGGCAUUAAUAUCGGCCUGUUUGGUUUGACAUCAACUGGUAAGUCAACUAUGCUUAAUGCUCUUCUUGGUCAAAAAGUUGCUGAUAUUGGUAUUGGUGAAACAACAACAAAAAUUACAUCAUACAAUGGAACUAAAUUCAUACUAUGGGAUGUUCCUGGUCGAAAUGAUGAAGUAUCUUAUCUCAGUAUGGAAUAUAUUUCUUUCUUUAAAGGUCUUUCACGACGUUUGAUUUUAAUUCAAUCAACAGUUAAGGAAAAUUCAAGCAUGAUGAAACUCUUAGAUGAAAUUGGAUUACAUUAUGAUAUUGUUUUCAACAAAUUUGACAAAGUUGAACCAGAAGAACAAGAAGCAGUAAAAAAUCAGAUUCAAUCUGAAAUAAAAACAAUUGGUCUCAAAAGAGUAGAUAAUGUAUAUUUCGUGAGCUCGAAAUUUCCGACUAUGUUUCCUGAUUGGAUAGUUAUGAUUAAUCAUCUAGAAAAUCUUCUACAUUGA